AUGCCGCGACCCUCGCGCGAUACCUAUGGUGAUCAGAAACCACCCUAUUCCUACAUAUCGCUAACGGCGAUGGCGAUAUGGUCGUCGAGGGACAAGAUGCUGCCGCUCGCCGAGAUUUACAAGUUUAUCGCCGAUCGCUUCCCGUAUUAUAGGAAGGACACGCGACGAUGGCAGAAUUCCUUGAGGCACAACUUGUCCUUCAACGAUUGCUUCAUUAAGGUACCGCGUGGUCCGCAUCGGCCGGGAAAGGGAGCCUAUUGGGCCUUGCAUCCCGCCGCAUUGUCCAUGUUCGAGAACGGUUCGCUCCUCCGCCGACGGAAGCGCUUCAAACUGCACAAGCCGGACAAGGAGCUGCUCAAGUCCGAGCUGCAGGCACUCGCCUCGGCGAUGCCGCCGCCGUUACCACCUCCGCCACCGCCGCCACCGCCGCAGCCGCAGCCGCAGCCGCAGCCGCACCCGGACCCGGUCACAUCGACCGGCGGGAUCGUCGACGCGAGCGCGACAUGCCCUGGCAAUGGUCUCAGCCUGGCGAAUCUCCAUCGUCUGCGAGACGACUUGCUCCGAUGGGAAAUACAGGAGAGGCGAAUGAUGGUUGCCACCGUUUCGAAUCACGGCGAUUUCACCGGUGCAGCCGGCUUUGGCCGAUUCGACAGUGCCACUGGCCUGCCGGCUGGACCGACUGCGCCGGAAGCUGUCACCGCCGGCUACUAUCUACUGUCACCCGAAGUGAGACAGAGACUCGCAGGCGGUGCUACCGCCGACGCGGGUGGUAACGAAAUUUUGAGGACAUACGAGGCCGCCGCGUUGUUGCAUUCCGCCGCUUCCUGGAACUUUCCUGGGUUUCCGGCAAUCUCGCCGUCGUACGCGGUGUCGCAGCUGCCGUAUAUCCAGCAGACCACCGCUAGCAGGCAGGCCAUCCAUCCGACGCGGGAGAUGCGGGACGAACGCCGUCUGUCGAGCGAUCGCGCUCUGGAGAACGGAACGGUGAUCAACGCUACCGCCGGCAGAGAAAGCGAGACGGUUUUCACGGGUGAGAAUUCUUACGAGAUCACGGGCUAUAAUCGCGACAAACUCGCCGAGGAGGAACCGCUCUCGUCGUCCUCAUCCUCGUCCUCGUCGUCUAGAAUAAAUCUCUAUCGAAACGCCGCCUUGAUCACCACCUCGUCACCACCAACGUCGCCCACCUCGCCGAAUUCGCUCGUGUCCUGCAAGUCGUCCUAUCGCCACUUGUCGCCAAUCUCGAACUUGGCAGUGGAAGUCGAGCGAACUCAGUUGCCCUCCAAUCGCGAAGACCAGGUCAUUUUGACCGCGACGAAUAUGGAGAAGAGGGUUAAAAAACCGUUCACUAUCGAGAACAUCAUCGCGCCUGACGACUGCAAUAACGAGGGUAGUGCUGGCGAUGGUGCUGGUGCUGGUGGUGGUGCUGGUGGUGGUAGUGGUGGUAGUGGCAGUGUCGGUGUUGGUACUAGUGAUGAGGAAGCCUCGAGGUUGACCGACGAACCGAUCGCGAAAAAAUCCUCGCUUCUCGUGCCGAGACCGCUCUACGCCGGGUACUCGAUGUCGAUCGCAACCACGGGUGUUCAGAGGCCGUCUUACGGCACCGCCACUUGA